CACCGCCCCGCCGCGCCGACACCGGCCGGGCGCGGACUGCGCUGCGCUCCGCGCUCCGUGCGGGGAACAGCCCGGCCCGGCCUCCUCCUCCUCCUCCUCCUGCUCGCCCUCCUCCUCAUCCUCCUCCUCAUCCCUCUCCUCCCCUGGUUGUUAUUUUUCCCCGCUCCGCGCAUCCCGCGCCCCCCCCUCCCUCCCCCCGCGCCCGCGGAGCGCUCGCCCCUCCGCGCCACCCGCAUGACUGUCACCAAGGCUCGAGGAGCACCCACAGUUCCCUGAGCUCCACAUCCAUCCCGGGGUGUCCGGAGCACCCGCCCAGCCCGCGGAGCAGAGCAGGGCAGAUGUCAUGGCGCCCGCAGUACCGCAGCUCCAAGUUCCGGAACGUGUACGGGAAGGUGGCGAGCCGGGAGCACUGCUUCGACGGCGUGCCCAUCACCAAGAAUGUGCACGACAACCACUUCUGUGCCGUCAAUGCCCGGUUCCUCGCCAUCGUCACCGAGAGCGCCGGCGGCGGCUCCUUCCUUGUCAUCCCCCUCGAGCAGACAGGCCGGAUCGAACCCAACUACCCCAAGGUCUGUGGGCACCAGGGCAACGUGCUGGACAUCAAGUGGAACCCCUUCAUUGAGAACAUCAUCGCCUCCUGCUCCGAGGACACCACGGUGCGGAUCUGGGAGAUUCCUGAGGGGGGGCUGAAGAGGAACAUGACGGAAGCGGUGCUGGAGCUCUACGGGCACAGCCGGCGCGUGGGGCUGGUCGAGUGGCACCCGACCACCAACAACAUCCUCUUCAGUGCCGGCUACGACUACAAGGUCCUGAUCUGGAACCUGGACAUCGGGGAGCCGGUGAAGAUGAUCGACUGCCACACAGAUGUGAUCCUGUGCAUGUCCUUCAACACGGAUGGCAGCCUCCUGGCCACCACCUGCAAGGACAAGAAGCUGCGCGUGGUGGAGCCGCGCUCCGGGCGGGUCCUGCAGGAGGCCAGCUGCAAGAACCACCGUGUCAACAGGGUGGUGUUCCUGGGCAGCACCAAGAGGCUGCUCACUACGGGUGUGUCACGCUGGAACACGCGGCAGAUCGCCCUGUGGGACCAGGAAGACCUGUCCAUGCCCCUGAUCGAGGAGGAGAUCGAUGGGCUCUCAGGGCUCCUCUUCCCGUUCUACGACGCCGACACCCACAUGCUGUACCUGGCUGGGAAGGGCGACGGCAACAUCCGCUAUUACGAGAUCGGCUCCGAGAAGCCCUACCUGAGUUACCUCAUGGAAUUCCGCUCCCCGGCCCCACAGAAAGGACUGGGGGUGAUGCCGAAGCACGGCCUGGACGUGUCAGCCUGUGAGGUCUUUCGGUUCUACAAACUCAUCACCCUCAAGGGGCUCAUCGAGCCCAUCUCCAUGAUCGUGCCCAGGAGGUCCGAGACGUACCAGGAGGACAUUUACCCCAUGACCCCGGGCACGGAGCCUGCCCUGACCCCGGACGAGUGGCUGAGUGGGAUGAACAGAGAUCCCAUCCUGAUGUCGCUGAAGGAGGGCUACAAGAGGACAUCCAAAAUUGUCUUCAAGGCCCCGGCGAGGGAGAAGAAGAGCGUGGUGGUCAAUGGCAUUGACCUGCUGGAGAACGUCCCGCCCCGCACCGAGAACGAGCUCCUCCGGGUGUUUUUCCGGCAGCAGGACGAGAUCCGGCGGCUGAAGGACGAGCUGUCUCAGAAGGACAUUAGGAUCCGGCAGCUCCAGCUGGAACUAAAGAACUUACGGAACAGCCCGAAGAACAAUUAACUCCCAGGGACGUUUUCUAAAUAAACUCUCGUUGUUUCUA